AUGGCGCCAGUCAAUAACGACGAUCACAAUGUCGUUACGAAUGAAAUCAAGAACGUUAUCCAAGACUUAUACGAAAUAAUGAUACAAACGCAUAAUUACGACAGCGUCGGGCGACCGACUCGUGACAUUCUCGAGAAGUCUCUCCUCCAACUCUCAACUUCUCUCCAAAUCGUUUCUCAUGCCACGGUUCCCGCUGGGCCUCCGACCGGAAAACCCCAAUUUGAUAGGGUUGCAGGAAAGGCCACGGAUCUCGCGUAUGUUCCACAGGAUGUGAUACAUUACAUAGACAAUGGGCGGAAUCCAGAUAUUUAUACGAGAGAAUUUGUGGAGGCAGCGAGGAAAAAUAAUCAGUUGAUGAGGGGCAAGAUGCAAGCGUUUGGAGAUUUCAGGGAUGUGCUUGCCGGAGAGAUGGAAAAGGUGUUUCCAGAAUUGGAGGAUGAUAUUAAGAUGGUUGUAGAAUAUACCACUGAUGACAAGGAAGAGAAAAAAUGA